AAUGAGAAAUCUGCUCGCUUUCGCCUCCCGACGCUUCUCCAGUCCCGUUUCCUUCCUCGGUCUCUUCACCUCUCUACGCCUCCGUAUCGACGCCGGUCUGCCUCCUUCGUUGCCCCUCGCAUUCCAUUCCUCUGGCCGUCGCACACGAUUCCACACUUUCCUGUCCGCAAGAACGCGACCCAGCAUAGCAGAAUCAUCCCCCACUGCAUCAGCCACUCGAGUCAAGGGCCGUCUCGCCGACCGUUGCCUCAGUUCCUACCGCGCGCAGGAUGCCCUUCGCAUGCUCGACGAAAUUCCCCGUCCGUACUUCGCUUCAUGGAACCGCUCGAACCCGGUUACGGCUUUUUAUGAGAUGCGUUCUUCGGGCUUCCGGCCGGAUCAGGUCGCGUACGGGAAGGUGGUCUCGGCUUGCGCCGCGUCCCGCAACCUGGAUUUGGCCGAGCAGGUCUAUGCUCUGGUGAUAAAGGACGGCUUUUGCUCGGAUGGAUACGUUUGUUCUGGACUGAUCGACCUCUUCUCGAAGCAUGGCCGUCUCGAUGAUGCUCUAAGCGUUUUCUGGGAGGGCGCUACUACCAACGUUGUUUGUUGGAAUGCUAUCAUAGCAGGGGCGGUCUGGAAUGAGGAGAAUUCGAUUGCUUUGGACCUUUUUCCUCAGAUGGUGAACGGGUUUUGCAUGCCAAAUCUCUUUACACUGUCGAGCAUUUUACGUGCUUGUGCUGCUGCUGGGAGACUGGAUUCAGGUAAAGGAAUACAUGCGUGGGUGAUUAAACAUGAUGCUGGACCUGACGUUGUUGUCACAACUGCUGUUGUCGACAUGUAUGCGAAAUGUGGGGAUAUGGAUGCGGCCAUGAAAGAAUUCUCGCGGAUGCUUGUUCGCAAUGUGGUUUCCUGGACAGCAAUUAUUUCUGGUUUCGUUCAAAAGGAAGAGGUUGGCGAUGCUUUGAUGCUUUUCAAACAAAUGUUAGGUUCGGGUGUGGAGAUUAACAAGUGCACUAUGACCAGUGUGCUCCUUGCCUGCUCUAAAUUAUCAACGGUGGAAGAGACAGACCAAAUUCAUUGCUUGAUUACGAAAAUAGGGUUGUGUACUGAUCCUGUGGUGAAAGGUGCCCUGCUCAGCACUUAUGCAAAACUUGGAAAUGUUCAAUCAUCUGAAAGGAUUUUUGAAGAGACAGAUACAUUGAGAAGUCCUACCACUUGGUCAGCUAUGGUCUGUGGCCUUGUACAAAACGAAUGCUUGUUGAGAUCACUGCAGCUGUUCUGCAGGAUGUUCAGUGAAGGUCUUAGACCUGACAAUAAAUGCUGCUCUGUUGUUCUUAGCGUAGUUGACUGUACAGAUUUUGGAAGGCAGAUACACUCUUACGCCAUAAAAGAUGGGUCUGUGCAUGAUGUUCUUGUUGGGAGUGCACUUUUUACCAUGUACUCCAAAUGUGGUAGCUUAGAAGAUAGCUGUAAAUUUUUCAUCAGAAUGCAGGAUAGAGACAGAGCUUCAUGGGCAUCUAUGAUCUCCGGAUUUGCAGGACGUGGUCAUACUAAUGAAGCAUUCCAGUUGUUCAGAGAUAUGAUACUCGAACAUAUCGUGCCCGAUGAAACGACUAUAUCCUCCAUUCUUGUGGCAUGCAAUGAUGGACGGUUCUUGAUGAAAGGCAAAGAGCUUCAUGGGCAUACUCUUCGUAUUGGACUCAGGAUUGACCCACCUCUUGGUAGUGCUCUAGUCUCGAUGUAUUUGAAAUGUAAAAAUCUAGCAUCUGCCAAAAGAGUCUUUGAUGUGGUCUUGCAGAAAGAUCAGAUCAUAUGGUCUUCCUUGGUCUCAGGCUAUGCCACAAAUGGUUACAGUGAGGAGGCACUCAAGGAACUAACACGCAUGGUUGCUGCAGGUAUUGACCUUGAUCGGUUUACUUGCUCAUCAGUUCUUUGGGUAUGUGCGAAUUUAUGGAGACCGAGUUUGGGUGAGCAAUUGCAUGCCCACGCAAUUAGAGCAGGCACAAUAUCUUAUAAUUCAGUCAGUAGUGCACUAUUGACAUUAUAUGCAAAAUGUGGUAGAAUUGAUGAUUCUCAUAGAGUAUUUGAUGAAACUGAAUACCCUGAUUUAGUUAUGUGGACAUCCAUGAUUGAUGCAUAUGCUCGGCAUGGGAGCGGUGUUGAAGCUCUGGAAAUGUUUGAACUGAUGAAAGAAAAUGGAAUCAGACCUGAUUCUGUGACAUUUGUUAGUGUCUUAUCUGCCUGUAGUCGGAAUGGUUUAGUGGAAAAAGGCCUUUUCCAUUUCAAUUCUAUGAGCUCUGACUAUGGGAUUGAACCAAAAACUCAUCACUUUGCUUGUAUGGUUGACUUACUUGGUCGAUCCGGAAGGCUCAAAGAAGCUGCAGAUUUAAUUGGUAGGAUGCCUAUUGAACCUGAUUUACUAGUAUGGAGUACAUUGCUUGGUGCUUGCAAAGUCCAUGGUGAUGUUCAGUUGGGAAAGUUAGCUGCAGAGAAAGUUCUUGAACUGGAACCUAAAGACUCUGGAACUAUUAUUUCUUUGUCGAACAUCUCUGCAGAUGUGGGGAACUGGGAAGAUGUUUUGAGGAUUAGAAACUCAAUGAAGGGAGGUAGUUUGAAGAAGGAACCUGGAUGGAGUAUAACAUAAAGGAUCUGACUGUUUAUAUUCUAAUUCCAUGAGAGAAGGUUCGCUUGAUUGUUAUUCUUGAUCAAUUUUUGCAUGUUCUCUGACAUCAAUGAAAUUGUGUUGGAAGGUACUUUCAGUAACAUGGAACAGACAUAUAUGAAAUCAGUGGUGACCAUAAUGACAUGGUCAUUUAUUUAUUUUGGAGGGGGAGAAGGCAAGAGGGAUUUGCUGCAAGUUGACUAGAUCAUAUCAAGACUUCCAACUUUUUUGUUGAAAGGGAUCUAGUAACUGAAGGGAUAUCAUAAACCCUUUGGAUCUUCAUCAUCCUCCGAAGAAGAACAAACAUCAGUGUGGCAGUGAAGAGGCAAGCUCUUGUACGUAUGCUCUCUUGAUUCCAUCGGCCCCAGCAUUCUCUGAUCCAAGCGCAAGACCUCGGUAGAAGUUAGCUGCUUGCCUUCCAUUCCUCACCUGACUAGUUCAUCAUGUCUUCCGGUGGACAAUGCUGCACUCAGCUUCUAUGUGACUAAGUUGCAGGCCAGACAAGUAUAUCCAUUAUAGCAGUGAAAAGGCCGACCACUCGAAGAGGAAAGCAGACCCCAUAUAGAUUUGGGGAG